CCACACCACAGUAUCGGCGAAAAAGAAAAAAAAAACGAGAAAGCCAAAAAGUCGGCGAAUUUUUUUGCAGCCGCCUGCAAUAACUUCAAAAAGAAUAUAAACUUAAAGUUCAUUACUGAUUUGAUCGAUUUACAAGCGUUUUCGUGUGUGCAUAAAGACAAAAACACAAGCAGUGCAAAAUUUACAAGUGGCAGGAAGACAAAACGGAACUUUUGCACUUGGCCUCUCCUCACCCCCUUCCCCGUGCCAACGUCCCUCGCCCCUUAUCCCCUCCUCCGACGCCGUUGGUUGUCGUGCAUUUUGUUGUUGUUCCAAUUUAACACUGGACUGCUCUCUUAUUUUUUGUUCAUAUAUAUAUAUAAAUAUUAAUAUAUAUAUAGUUUUUGUUAUUGUUGUAAUCUAUAAUUUAUCGGUAACUAAAAAAGCAAACGAUAAAUUAAGCAGUGAUGUCGAAGAACAAGCUGAAUUUGGUGCUGCCGCCGGUGAAUACGGACGCAACUGUUGCCGCCGCCGCUGUGGCGCCGACGCCACCGUUUAAAACCCCCUCGGGCACAGACACACACAGUUUGCUGGGGAAGCCGAAGACGAGCAUCGAUGCGCUGACGGAGACGCUGGAGGGUCUGGACAUGGACGACACGGAACGCAAGCGGAUCAAGGUGUUUCUCAGCCAGAAGGAGAAAAUUGGCGAGCUAUCCGACGAGGAUCUGGAGAAGCUGGGCGAACUGGGAUCGGGCAACGGCGGGGUCGUGAUGAAGGUCCGCCACACGCACACACACCUGAUUAUGGCCAGAAAACUGAUCCAUCUGGAGGUGAAGCCGGCGAUCAAGAAACAGAUCCUGCGCGAACUGAAAGUCCUGCACGAAUGCAACUUCCCGCACAUCGUUGGCUUCUAUGGAGCCUUCUACAGCGACGGCGAGAUCAGCAUCUGCAUGGAGUACAUGGACGGGGGAUCGCUGGAUCUGAUCCUCAAGCGGGCCGGUCGAAUACCGGAGUCCAUACUCGGCCGGAUAACGCUGGCGGUCCUGAAGGGGCUCAGCUACUUGCGCGACAAGCACAACAUCAUCCACAGGGACGUGAAGCCGAGCAAUAUACUCGUCAACAGCAGCGGCGAGAUCAAGAUCUGUGAUUUCGGCGUAUCCGGUCAACUGAUCGACUCGAUGGCCAACUCCUUUGUGGGCACCCGCAGCUAUAUGUCGCCGGAGCGACUGCAGGGCACCCAUUACUCGGUGCAGUCAGACAUCUGGUCGCUGGGCCUGUCGCUGGUGGAGAUGGCCAUCGGCAUGUACCCCAUCCCGCCGCCAAACAGCGCUACCCUGGAGUCAAUAUUCGCGGAUAACGCGGAUGAGGGCGGCCAGCCGGCAGACGAGCCAAGGGCAAUGGCCAUCUUCGAGCUGCUGGAUUAUAUUGUUAACGAACCGCCGCCGAAGUUGGAGCACAAGAUCUUCUCGACCGAGUUCAAGGACUUUGUGGACAUCUGCUUGAAGAAACAGCCCGACGAACGGGCCGAUCUCAGGACCCUGCUGAAUCACCCGUGGAUACGCAAGGCGGAAGUGGAGGAGGUGGAUAUAUCCGGCUGGGUGUGCAAAACAAUGGAUCUGCCGCCGUCGACGCCAAAGCGAAAUACGUCGCCCAACUAGAUGCUGCUGCAUCCCAGCCCCAUCUUCUUUUCCCUCCCAUAUCCCUGUAUUCCCAUUGGCUCUUUGUUCGCAAGGCAAAACAACUGAACUAUUAUUAUUAUUAAAACGAAAAUAAAGAAAUCGAAGUCAUACCAUGUACUGUA